CUCAUCCAGAAGAAUUCCGGGUGCAGUGUCGGAUGGGGGUGCUGUACUAUUUACUGGAACACUGAGGCGGGUCAAUCAUAUUAUUCGCAACUAUGGAUGCGUUCGCUAUCACGGAAGGCAUUGUCCCUGAGACUAGUAGUCCUCAGCAGGGCCACGAUUCCGAAAAGGCCACCUCCGGCAAGCUCCCCGAGGGCGCAAACAAGUUCCAGCGGGCCAUCGCCGCCUGGAGAGGUAUCGAUCUCUCCAAAACCAUCGCGAAGCUAGACAGUACCGCCUCGGACAUCGUUGCGCAGCAACGCGAUGCACUCGUGCAGAGGAAGGAUCUCGCUCAGAAGACAAAGGACUUUCGGAAAUUGGACGAUGCCUCGAAGUUGGCAGAAUACAAGGGUCUUCUCAAAGCCUACCAAAGCUUUAUCGAUCUCUUGACAAACCAGGGAAAAGCCUCCUCGUCUGCUUUUCUACAACUGUAUUCGUCACUUUCCGAAGCGCCCGAUCCGUAUCCCCUCCUCGAAGCAUCAGUCGAUUCUUUAGUCCACUCCGAAGAAACGGUUCCCAGGUUAACCUCCGAGCGGGACCAGCUCCAGGGGUCCGUCGAUCGUCUUACGUCACAGCUCGACGAAACGGAAAAGCGGUUGGAGGAAGAGCGAACGGCUAGGAAGAAACUAGAGGAAGGCCAAGAAUCGAAGAUCAAGGAGGUCGAGGAGUCCUGGUCAGCAGUGUUGUCAGAGAAGACGAACAACUGGACGGCCAAGGAAAAGAGCUUGGAGGAGAAGGUGGAGCAACAAGAGCGCUUGGUCAAGGAAUUGAAAGCGAGCUACGAGGUCUCACAGCGCCUGGGACAAGACGGCGAGAAUGGCGAAGGUGCCCAAGGUGCCAGUGCCGCGGAAUUGGAGCUGGUUUCGGCCGAGUUGGAGAAGACAAGCUUGCGCCUGGCGGAGGUCGAGGCACGAAACGAACAAAUUACGCUUGAGCUGGCUCAGGCCGUCUCUCACUCUCAGACUGGACAGGCUGCAUCGGUGGAGGAUGACCCUGCAUAUUUGCGCCUCCAAUCUGAGAAUUCUUCUCUCCUACGCAAACUGGAUGCUGCUCGCUUUGAUAGGGAGUCUGAACGACACUCCUGGGAGUCUAAAUACUCGCAGGUUGAGAGACAGAUCAAGAACGUCACUGCGGAGAAGGAAGAGUUGCGCUCGCGGUUGGAGAAGGUGGCCGACUACGAAGACAUUCGUCGGGAACUGGAGAUGAUCAAGUCUAUCGAAUUCUCGCCGGGAGAUGAUGAGGAGGCCGGGGAUUUCGCAGGUGCUACGAGUCCUACCAACGGCGCCACAGGCAAGCCAAAAGAUGGUUCCAAGAAUAGCCUGGAGCAACUCCUGCUCGCUCGGAAUAAGAAGCUGAAUGACGAGCUCACCAUCUUGCGCGUCUCACACCGUGAUCUUCAGGGUCAGCUCGAGGCGCUACGGGCCGAGCUUUCGACUACCAAAGAGGAACUGGAAAAGUCACAGAAGCUGUCCACAACACUGGAAAGCGACCUUCUUCGUGUACAGGAAGAAGCAGCAAAUGCGUUCCCAUCGUCCGCCAUGUCCGUUGCUGGGACAUACACUUCCAAGUACCCCCACUCUUCCAGAAGAGGAGGAGCAGUAUCACCUACCAGCUCCAUCAUCUCAGGCUUCGACCAGUCCGCUGCAUCAGCCCAUACCAUGGACUCUAUCCGGGCAGGCGAGGCGGUUGGUGGAGGCUCCGGGCUCUUGCCUAUGAUUCAAGCCCAGCGUGACCGUUUCAAGAAGAAGAAUGCCGAGCUAGAGGAAGAGCUAUCCAAAUUAUACGGCACGGUCAAGUCUCUCAGGCAGGAAGUUGCGACUCUACAAAAGGACAACCUCAGUCUCUACGAGAAGACGCGCUAUGUGUCAACGUACAACCGCGGUCCCGGUGGUUCGUCGUCCGCAUCUGCGUAUGCGAACCGGCCGAACUCUUCCUCAGUUCAUGCCAACGCAGACACCCCGUCCGGGCUCUCCCUCGACCGAUACCAAUCCGCCUACGAAGCGCAGAUCUCACCAUUCGCAGCCUUCCGUGGCCGCGAGUCUGCGCGGGCCUACAAACGCAUGUCCUUGCCUGAGCGCAUCGUGUUCUCGCUGACGCGCAUCAUCCUUGCCAAUCGGACAAGCCGCAAUCUCUUCGCCGGAUACUGCGUCGCCCUUCAUGUCCUGAUAUUCGUCAUGCUGUAUAUGAUGAGCUCCAUGGAAAUUGAAAAACACAGCGCGGCCAGCCUAGGUGCGGCCGCUGCGGCAGCAAUGGCCGGCGGAGGAGGGGGUGGUGGUGGUGGUGGCGGCACCGGCACCGGCACCGGUGCAGGAGGGGGCAGCUACGCAGGACAGCAGUUACAUGGAGAUGAUUGGCGACAGGAGUCCUUUAACCACGCCGGUGUCAACUAACCCUGCACCUGGGGAGCUGUCCGGUUUCUGUAUUCUAUUGAGGCGUUGUCGGGUCCAGGUGACGGGUUACGAUUGGAUUUCUUUUGUUUGAUGUGAAUACGCACGGUCUACAUACAAUGCCGAUAUUACUAUCCUUACCAGGCUCGGUCUAAGUUUUCGAGGAAUGUCCGUUGGUCCAGAAGUCCGUCGGCAGCUGUGGGCCUGUUGAGCUCGCUGCUGAGAGGGGCGUGUUUCUUUUUAUAUCACGAAAGCUCCCCUUGGGAAGAGGGGAUAUCCUUACAACGAAGAUAGACGGUAUACAGUGGGUGGUAAGUCUGGAACGAGCCUGUGAUUGAGCCGAUAUGCAUCGCUGGACCGUUGAGAUCAGAGUGAAUUUCGGUUGUGUUGCUCCAGAGAACCACAACUCCCGGUCACCAGCAUAUGACGACACACAGCACCCCAAGGCAUACAGGUCCUGCUCAAACAACAGCCAUGGUACCUAACCAUGCAUCCAGC